AUGGAAGGCAACGUGAGCAGGUCCACCCUCCGUCUCACGCCCACAAGGGAGAACCACGGCGCGGUGCUCUCCUGCAGGGCUGAGAACAGAGACCUGCCGACGUCAGUGGUGGAGGACAUCAUUAAGCUCAACGUGCAUUACCCACCCCGGCUGCAGCUUCGCCCCGGCCACAGCCUCACACUGAGCCACAUCAAGGAAGGUGAUGACGUGUAUUUCGAGUGUGAAGUUCACGCCAACCCACCUGUCGAGGCCGUCAGGUGGUUCUUAAAGGGGCAGGAACUGGAGCAGAAUGUGUCAGCGGGGAUCAUCGUGGCGAACCGAAGUCUGGUUCUCCAAGGGGUGGGGCGGCGCUCCUCGGGGGACUACGUGUGCAAGGCGUCCAACCCCAGGGGCGAGACAACCUCCAACCCUCUGCACCUGAACGUGAAGUUCCGCCCCACCUGUGCCGAGGACCAGCAGUGGACAUAUGGCAGUGGUCGCGGUGAGCAAGUUAACGUCACGUGCCGUGUCCACGCCCAUCCCGACGCCCACUCCUUCCGGUGGGCGUUCAACACGUCCGCCGAACUGCUCCACCUGCCACAGAACCGCACACACGCGCUCCGCGACCGCAGCACCGUCACCUACACGCCCAUGACACACCAUGACUUCGGGACGCUGCUGUGCUGGGCCGUGAACGAGGUGGGCGGCCAGGUGCAGCCCUGUGUGUUUCUUAUCGUGCCUGCAGCCGCGCCGGAGCCGGUACACAACUGCAGCGUGUGGCACAACGCAAGCAGCGCCGCGGGGGAGGUGUUGGUGAGGUGCAGCCCAGGCUGGAGCGGUGGCCUGACGCAGACCUUCACGCUGCGUGUGCGUGCCGUGCGCCGCGUGUCAGGCCGGCCCCAGGUUGGCGACGUGGUGGCCUCCCUCACCAGCCCCGUGGAGCCACUCUUCACCGUGACGGGGCUCGCCCCGGGGACCGAGUAUCAACUGGCAGUGGGCGCCUCCAACUCCAAGGGCGAGGCGCCUUCCACCCUGCUGCUGCACCACACGCCCAUCGACGUGGCCGAGAAGCGGACCAGUGCCACGGCAGCCGAGUCCUCUGGGGGCGGCAUGGACCGAGCGCUGCUGGCGGUAGUGCUGGCAGCUGUUACGGGCGCCCUCGGUUCAGUCGUCAUCUGUUUUCUUGUGGUGCUGUUUGUCAUCCGCCCACGCCUGAGGCACGCCCAGGCUCACGCUCACUCCCACGGCCGCACGCAGCCGCGGGUCGUGUGCCACAAGGCUGGUGCCGAAGAGGCGGUCCGCUCACCUGGCGCCGGCCAGGGAGAUUUUGACCAGAUACAGGGCGGUCCAGACCUCAUCCUCGUGCGUGCCAAUGCAGAGAAGGAAGGCGCUCCGCCGCCCCCCGCGCGCCCCCCGCUGUUACCACCGCCACCCUCUCGAGCGGCCAGUACGGCGGGACGCAGGGCGCCACGGCGGCCACAGGCCUCUACAUGGACACUUCCGCCGGUGGCCUCGCCGGCAAGCCCAGCAGGGACAGCAUCAAUCCCAGCUACAGCAGCGUGAGCAGCAGCAGCAGCUUCGGCAGCAUCGGGGCAGGGCGAGGCGCCCUGAGUCCCGGCGUGGGAGGCGGCCUGGUCCUGGCUCAGCAGGAAGGUAUGAAGGUCGGCGGCGGGACGCUGCUCAGCCCCGGCAUCGAGCCCGUUAUAGAGGCGCCACGAGGAUCCUGCCACACCUCCGCCUCCGCCGCCACCAGCCCCGCGACGGUGCCCUCCACAGGACCCCUCGAGGCCCGCCGCCUGUCUGGGGUAGCGGCGCCCCUUGGGGAGGUGCAGGGGUGGGCAGAUCGCGUGGGUACCGGCGGAUUGAGGGGACUGCCUCCCCGCCGCCCCUCCAGCUCGGGGAUUCACUCUGAAGGGUUUCAGCACAACUUGAGCAGCAGUCGGGAGAGCUGCGUCUAGACAAAGGGGCGUAGCUUCUUCCUCCCACAACAUUCCCAACCAUCCCCUGCCCUCCCUCUCCCCUCAUCCAACGCUCCAGCAGUGCCGCGGGAAAGGGAAGGCAAGGUCAGUGGACACAGCUGCCUGCCGCUCCCCCAGGUGAUAGCACGAGUGGCAAGGCGCCAGACAUGCUCCAUGAAGGCGUGGCGGUCCGCACGCCCCGUUCUCCUUCCCUGUCCUCCCCACCAGUUGGGAGCUGCCGCACCUGGAGCGCCGCGUCUAAUGACGCCAUACCACUAAAGGACAGGUAGGGCCUCGCUUCACGCCCAAAGAAAAGUGUAAACAGGAGAUCAAGGGUGGUACUCCUUAUCCCGCUGGGUCAACACAGUGCUAAGCUUGUGUACACAGGGUGACGCUGUGCUCCUCCUCCCCAGCCCGGUGUCCUUCCCUCCCCAAGCCUUCCUUGCGCUGCUUCCUUUUGUCACGUCCUCUUCCUCCUGUAAAAUCCCUUCCGUCCUCACUCCUUCCCUUGCUGCCUCCUUUUACUACAUCCUACACCUGCCACCUCUCUCUCUCUCUCUCUCUCUCUCUCUCUCUCUCUCUCUCUCUCUCUCUCUCUCUCUCUCUCUCUCUCUCUCUCUCUCUCUCUCUCUCUCUCUCUCUCUCUCUCUCUCUCUCUCUCUCUCUCUCUCUCUCUCUCUCUCUCUCUCUCUCUCUCCCUUGUUUCCGGCACUUUUUCGCUUUCAAUUUCCUUUCAUAAUAUUCAUCCUCUCCUCUUCUUUUUUUCCAUCCUCCUCCUACCUUCAUCCUCUUGCUUCUCCUCCCCACUUUUUUUAAUGGUCGAUACUUUCUUUCUAUUCGGUGAACUCUCUCUCUCUCUCUCUCUCUCUCUCUCUCUCUCUCUCUCUCUCUCUCUCUCUCUCUCUCUCUCUCUCUCUCUCUCUCUCUCUCUCUCUCUCCUUGUGUGUGUUUAUAUAUAUUUUCUUUAUUUUUUUUGUUCAUUUAUCUAAUCUUUAGUUUAUAUUCCUUAUAUUCCUAGUUUGCAUAAGCGCCACGAUCUGAAUUUUUUUCCUCCUCCUCCUCCUCCUCUUCUUGCAUCUCUGUCUUUCCAGUCCUCCAAUCUUUAUAUAAAAUUUGUGCUUCUUUUUAUCAUCUCGUUCUUCUCUCUACCACGCCUUCCUCUCCUCCAUCUUUUUUACUUAGCAGCUCUUUUCUUUCUCUCCUCCUCAUCCUCGUCCUCCUCUGCAACAUAAUAAAGCAAAAACCAGAAUAUACUCCAACACACGGAGGAUCUGCAGAGAUGACCCAAGUUUUCAUAUUUUGGAGAAUAUUCGCGGGAGAGAGAAAGAAGCAAAGUAGCGAAAAUGGAAAGAGAGAAAAAAUAUAUUGCAUCAGGUCAUGAGUGUGUGUGUGUGUGUGUGUGUGUGUGUGUGUGUGUGUGUGUGUUGGUGGGUGGGUGGGUGUGUGUAUAUACUGCUCUGUACGUUUACAUGUCUAAAUCACAAUGAAUAUUUACACCAAUGUAUAUGUGAAUAUGGCGGUUGGCCUUUCAAUGUGUAUGUACGUAUAUGUUAGAGUGUAAAUAUGUACAUAGGUGUGUGUGAGUGUGUGUGUGUGUGUGUGUGUGUGUGUGUGUGUGUGUGUGUGUGUGUGUGUGUGUGUGUGUGUGUGUGUGUGUGUGUGUGUGUGUGUGUGUGUGUGUGUGUGUGUGUGUGUGUGUGUGUGAAUAUUUAAUUUCACGCAAGACAAGAGAGGGAGACAGCGAUAAUCGGAUUGAGAAAACUACAGUCAAAGAAAAAACAAAAAAAUAUUCUCUCUCUCUCUCUCUCUCUCUCUCUCUCUCUCUCUCUCUCUCUCUCUCUCUCUCUCUCUCUCUCUCUCUCUCUCUCUCUCUCUCUCUCUCUCUCUCCCUACUCUUUCAUUCCCAACUAUCUCCUUUCCACACACACACACACACACACACACACACACACACACACACACACACACACAUACACACGACACCACAAGGGCGGGCCACAAAACACAGCAAACACGCCCCUCCCCCCGCCCACGUCAAGCCGUACGCGUAUGCAAAAAAACCUGUGUUGUUCUGAAAGUAACCUGACACAUUCCCGCAGACGCAGAAAAUUCGCUUGGAGGAGGAAAGGCGAGGCUAACACAGGUAGAAGCAAGAGGGACACAGGAAUUUCAUAAUCAUUUCGUGUUUUCUUCCUAUUUUUUCCUUCUUUUUUCCCUUUUCCUCACUCCACGGCGUGCCACAGAGAAACUUUGAGGCACGGUAUGAAAAAGAGAGGCGAGGUUAGAAAAAUGGGGAAAGAGAGAGAAAAAGAGAGAGAGAGAGAGAAACGGAGGGGAGAAAAAGUGAGAAGAAACAUCAUGCGAAAAAAGAGAAAAAAAAAUGGUAAGGAGUAGCGACCGAGGAGACACAGAAAAGAAAAAGGGAAAAGGUGUAAAAGCCAGACUUAAAAUACAGGCGAAACGGGGAGGAAGAAAUGCGGAGAGGACGUGUGAGCAAGGGGGGAACAGAGGAAGGAGGAUAAGAGUGAAAGAGAAAGACAAGAAAGAAUAAGUGAACGUAACAUCCCUACGUCACUGACUUUGAAAUGCAACGAAAAAGUGAAAAAAAAGAUGAGAAUUGGAGGAAAAUCUAAAAUAAAAAGUGCAAAAAAAAUCUUUCCUUACUUUCUAUGAGCAGAGAUGCGUAGAAAACUGCACUGAAAUAAAGGAAAAACUGUCUUUAUUAUGACUUACUGGAAAAAGAGAAAAUAGUUCAUAGAAAACAAAAGUGUAAAUAAAACAACGAAAAUACACAAAAAACACAAAGAAAACGUGAGAAAAGAAAACGUCUUGUGUCACUCCCGUUAAUAAGUACAACUCUCUCUCUCUCUCUCUCUCUCUCUCUCUCUCUCUCUCUCUCUCUCUCUCUCUCUCUCUCUCUCUCUCUCUCUCUCUCUCUCUUGGUGUUACUGAGUACACGGAAUGAUAACUGGCACAGGAGAGACAAGAAACACACACACACACACACACACACACACACACACACACACACACACACACACACACACACACACACACAAACAC